GCACUGUGUUUGCCAAUAAACAGGGGUCUGUGUGAAUAAGAGGCUUGUGCUGCGUGCCAAGUAUAUCCCCCCGAUGUGGGACCCCCCGCCCAGGAACAUGACAGGGCAAACGCUUUCCUGUUGUACAAUAGUCUGGCCGCAGGCCGUACUGGAACCACUUCCACUUCUCUCUGUACAACCCCCCACUCCUCCCCUAAUGCUUCCUCUGGUUGCCCACCAUUAGCCAUGGCCAGCGGCACCCACCCUGCUCCCGCCGUGCUGCACCAACUGGGCCACAAGCUCGAAUUCGCACGCUACAGGUGGCCUCCGACGCACUGACGGGACAAGGAGCCUCUCCGCUCAGAACCAGGGACCCCGCUCAACCCUCAGGUGAAGAUGGCAAGCUCUGAGGACGAGCUGAUCGGGAUCCCUUUCCCAGAGCACAGCAGUGAUCUCCUGAGCAGUCUGAAUGAGCAGCGGCACAGCGGGGUGCUCUGUGACAUCACCAUUAAGACCCGCGGGCUUGAGUACCCCACCCACCGCGCAGUGCUGGCGGCCUGUAGCGACUACUUCCGCAAGAUGUUCACUGGCAUGCCAGGCCGAGGCAAGUGCCCAGACGUGUGCCAGCUGGAUUUCCUCAAACCCGACGCCCUGGGUGCCCUGCUGGACUUUGCCUACACGGCGACCCUGACCAUCAGUAAUGGCAACAUGCGGGACGUGCUGCGCGCUGCCAGGCUGCUGGAGAUCCCCUGCGUGGUGCAUGCGUGUGUGGACAUCCUGCAGUGCAACGGGCACCGGGAGGAGAUGGGGGGCGACGCGGAGGAUCUGGAGUGUUUCCUGCGGGCACGUCAGUACUUGGAUAGUUAUAUGGAGAAUGGGGAGAAUGCAACUCCGCCCCCUGAAGCAGAGAGCCCCCCUCCUCAUCCUCACAAUAUUCCCGUGCCCCCCAAAUCCGUGCAGAUCAUUCCCCGGCGGGGCAGGAAGAAAUUCCUACAGGUCAAUCCCAACCGCAGGAACCAGAACGGGAAUCUCCUCCGAGGGGCAGACGACUCGCUGGAAAGAGAUGCCAGUCACGCUGGGUCGCCCCCUAAUGAGCCAAGCCUGGGCUACGAGACAUACGCACAGGAUAAUGGAUUGGGGGGCCACACCAUCUUUGUCCCCCCUUCACCCCCAGAAGAAAUCCUGUCUGAUGAGGAGACGUCCGACAUGGGCUUCCACAACCCGUACGACCUGGAGAAUCCGGUGAGUGCAGGACUGGAUGUGAGCGACAAGCUGGUGAGGAAACGACGCUCUCAGCUGCCCCAGGAAUGUCCCGUCUGUCACAAGAUUAUCCACGGAGCCGGCAAACUGCCCCGGCACAUGCGCACCCACACUGGCGAGAAACCCUUUGUGUGCCAGGUGUGCGGAGUCAGGUUCACCAGGAAUGACAAGCUGAAGAUCCACAUGCGCAAGCACACGGGUGAGCGUCCGUAUUGCUGUGAGCACUGCAGCGCCCGCUUCUUGCACAGCUACGACCUGAAGAACCACAUGCACCUGCACACGGGCGACCGGCCCUUCGAGUGCUCCCUGUGCCACAAAGCCUUUGCCAAGGAGGACCACCUGCAGCGCCACAUGAAGGGGCAGAACUGCCUGGAGGUGCGCACCCGACGCCGACGCAAGGAGGAGCCCACUGUACCCCACAUGCACCCCGCCCUCGACCUGUCCAAUGGCAAGCUAGACGAUGUGCCUCUCUCCAUGAUUCGCUUCUGGGGGAUCCCGGUGCCUCGCUCUGGGGGGGGCAGUCCGGAGGGGGUUUUGGACGCUUCAUAGGGGUCAGGAGGGAUGUUUCCCAGUUCACUGCAGCACUUCCGCUAACCCCUCCCCCCACUAAAGCCCCAUUCCCCCUCCACUUUAGUGUGAGACUCCCCCCUCCCCCGCAUUACACACCAGAUGAUGUCACACAGAUCUGAUGACAUCAUCACCUUAAUAGCAGACUUAACUGUCCAUAAGGCCCCCAGGAGGGGGUAAGAGAAGAGACUGUUGGAGCGCGGGAAGUUUUUAAGCCUCAGGGAUCAGUAAAUUCGGCCUCUCUCCCCCCACGUUGAUGAGGCGCCACUUUCCAGCCCCGCGUCUCCUUAUUUAGGAAGAAAAGAGAUAAAUUGAAUUGCUAUUUUUUAUUGAAUGAGAAAUCUAAUAUAUACUGUGUCUGUAUAUAGAGAUGGAGAUGCCUAUAUAAAUAUAUAUAUAUAUUAUGGAGUAUAUAUAAAUAGAAGUAUAAAUGCUUAGGAUUAAGGCUGACAAGUUAUAGCAAUAAUAAUAAUAUUGUGACCAGGCUGCCCGUGUCUCGGUGCCCUAGCAACGUUCCAUGGCAACACCUUGCUGUCAGGGUAAGAACGGGCGCCAUCGCUGUGCUUUACUGUGGGUUUGGGGCACCAGGGGGGGGUGCGCUUGAUAGAUUUGGGGGAUGCACUUAUUUGCGGCCCCCUCGGCGCAGGCAGGUGUCGCCCGGCUGAUGGUGGGUUCAUAUUUACCCAUCUCUGACCAGUCGAGCGGCUCUGAUGUCAUCACUAGAACUUCGUGAUGUCAUUCAUUUUUAUUGACCUCUCCAAAAAUGAUCGCCUGCAGCUUUCGGUCUUAAUCCCCCCCCAUAAAUAAAUAAAUAAUAGUCAAAAAUAAAUCUGAAAACGGGUUUACGGUGAGACAGAGGGUGUUGCGCUUAGAGUGGGUAAAGCCCCAACCCCAUUUUGUUUGAUUGUUUUUUUAUUUACGUUGCUUGAUGACGUAUUUACUCGCCCGUUGCACGGAAGUGUUUGGGGUAACUGCACUAUAGAGCAUGGCGCAGGGGGCGGAGCUUAUGCCUCCCACCCCUCAAUGGGAUGAAGAAGCAGCACUAAAGGGUUGGGGGAGUCCAUGUAUAAUGAUCACCCCUUACAAUCCAAUUGGUUGGGGGUGAGGGGUCACUUUUUUUUUGUAUCUUAUUUAAAUUAUUAUUUUAAAUGAAACCAGUGAAUGAGCCCCAUGUCCUGCCACUUCCGAGAGAGUCUCAGGCUGUGCUUGUACUAAUGAUGCUGAACUACAUUUCCCAGCAUCCCCUCUCAUGGAGCUGGCUGCUUCUCCCCCCCCCCCCGGCUGUACAGUUGAGUUGGUCCCAAUAGCAACCCCCUGAGAAAUGUCGGGGGGGGGGUAUGAGUUUCCCUUGAAUGAUGUAAAGAUGCUCAGCAGCAUUAUAUGUUGCCGCAAACAGAGUGAGGAAUGGGGGGGGGGGUCCUGUCCAGUUGUCUAUAAAUAAUGUGGGGGGGCCAAUAGAGAAUCACGGCACAUGGGGGUGGCUUUUCCCACAACGCAGGGAGCAGUUUUGCACUUUUUACCCCUUUUUGUUUUAAACACCCCGUUUCCAUGAGACGCAGUCGGGGCCCAGUCCCUCUGAGGAAGGUGUUGACCAAAACCCGUAUUUUACAUCUUGGCCUCUCUCCCCUCCCACCUAUAUCUAUAUAUAUAUAUACAUUAUGUGUGUGUGUGAUUGGCAGUCCCUGCAAGCUCCUCCCACAAUCUUGUUGAACUAACAUUCCCAGGUGUAGGCUGCUGGGAGUUGUAGCUCAGCAGGAUAUGAGGGGUGUGAGCUGAAAUGUUUAGUAUGAAAUAAUAUUUAUUCAUGGACCAAGGCUAGAGAGGAGGGGCUUGGGCUGUGUCCCCUCCCAUUUACAGAUGUGUGUGGGGGGGGGCAGCAUGAUGUGAAUGGUUUCCUUUAUUAUUUGAUUUAUUUUGCUAAUCCUGGUUGUUUGUCCCUAAGACGCAUGGAAUGGGGAGCAUUGAUUGGUUUAGGGCCUUGAGGUGUUUAUUAAUGUGCAUAGAGUGUUGGGUGCCCUUCUCCAUGAAUAUAGGUGCUGGGGGGCUGCUCCCAUGCUUUCUCCCCCCCCCCCAGUGUUCUUUGCUCAUGGAGAAAGCUCC